AGAGAGACAAAGCAGCCCGAGGAAAACGGAGAAUAGGUAGUACUUUCAGAAAUUGAAGCAGUCACCACGCAGGAGCCAUUGAACAAAGCUAGGCGCACUGCGGCAGCUCAGCUGGGGACGGAGGGCGCCAGGCUGACGUAAGGGCCAGGGUGGCCAAGCAGUUUUUGGGCAGUUUUCGGAUACAAUAUUGCCUGGAAUCUGCAUGUAUAUGGUUGCUUGGUGCUAAGCUGACGUGUCAAUAAGGCCACCCUGUCUUUUGAGGUGUUGGUCGAUAUCUGCCCGCACUCUCGCAGCCUGUGCUGGUCAGCCGUUAAUCCCAGCAGUCAUGAGUGCCAAGGCGGCCGCAGAGAAGGCGGUCAAGACCGUCAGGGGCAUUGACUGGGGGCUUUUGGAAAGGCUUGUGAAGUCGGAUGAUGGCAGGAAAGAGUUGUUGACGCUCAGGAGAACAAUUGACGAGACCCGGACGCAGCUUGAUCUCUUCAGGAAAAGGAAACCAGUCAACAUUGAUUGGAACUACUACAAGGCGGAGCUGAACCCCGUGAUGAUUGAUGAGUUCAAGGCCGCAUAUGAGGAUGUCAAGAUUGGCGAGUACAAGGAAACGCUCUCGCCCAAGUUUGAGCAGGACUACAAGGAGAUGGUGACGAAGGCUGCUGAAGCAGCAAAGGAGGCUAAAGUGGAAGCCGCCAAGUUGGAAGCUGAAGCAAAGGAGCUCGAGAAGCAAAAGGCUGCCCUCAAGACCCUCACGGCUGACGAGUACUUCAAGUCCCACCCUCAAGUCCUAGAGCAGAUUGAUGACGAAAUCCGACAAGGAAUCUGGGGGCCCUCCAAGGAGUAGGUUGUGUAACAGAUUGUCUGAUCAGAUCUAGCAUCAUUGACUGCGCCGUACGCUCUAUGCGACUUUCAAGUCCCUCUUUCUAUUCUGUGAACAGCGGUUGGCGGUAUUCUGCACUACAUGUGGUCCGCAUGCUACCUGUGCCCUUGCCGGCCAACUCGUGUAAGCCUUGAUGUAUCAUAGUUACGAGCUUCAGAUCCCUGCAUUUUCAACGUCGCACCUGU